CCUUCCACUACGAAGUCCUUUUAAACAAACCUCCCACUGGCUUCGCAGGUUAUGGUUAACACUGUCCAAUAUUCUUUUUUCUCGUCUUCCACAGUUGCAUUUUAGACAAUUAGACAGACACAAAGGAAACAGAGAACGAAACUAUGGCUUCCAUGUCUUUCUCUGCAACUAUUCCGUCUCCUCUUCUUGAUUUUUCCCAAACCAGAAAGAACCCAGUUUUUUCUUCAUCAUGGCCUUCCAUGUCUUUCUCAAUUCCUUCCAUCAAAUCCUCGCUUGGGUCUUCAAAAUCAGCCUUUUUCCAAAAUGGGUUCUCCUUGCCAUCGCUUACUGCUUCUGGGUUUGUCUUUAACUCUAGAUCUUCAGGCAUUUAUGCAAGAGCAGCUACGGAUAAAACCCUAUACGACUACACAGUAAAGGAUAUUGAUGGGAAGGAUACCCCUCUUGGCAAAUUUAAGGGAAAAGUUCUUUUGAUUGUUAAUGUUGCUUCAAGAUGUGGUUUGACAACAUCAAAUUACUCUGAGCUUUCCCACAUAUAUGACAAGUACAAGAAUCAAGGAUUUGAGAUUCUAGCUUUCCCUUGCAAUCAAUUCGGGGGACAAGAGCCUGGAUCAAAUCCUGAUAUUAAAAAAUUUGCUUGUACCAGGUUCAAGGCAGAGUUUCCCAUAUUUGAUAAGGUUGAUGUGAAUGGACCGAAUACGGCUCCCGUUUACCAGUUUCUGAAGUCGAGUGCUGGUGGGUUUUUCGGUGACCUGAUCAAGUGGAACUUUGAGAAGUUCUUGGUGGAUAAAAAUGGCAAAGUUGUUGAGAGGUAUCCACCAACGACAUCGCCUUUCCAAAUUGAGGACAUUCAGAAGCUCCUCGCGACAUGAAUCUUGAGGUCACAGUGACUUGAACCGCUUCUGCUUGCAAUGAAAAUAAGUAGAUAGAUAGUACAAGUAGAUUUCAGGAAAAGAAGAUGGAACGGUGUUUUCGGCUCUAUGUCUGAUAUGGACUUUUUUGUUUUCUGUUUUCCAUGGUCAUGGUCUGCAUUAUCUGAUCAAAUUUCCCUUUUCAACAGUUAUACAAAGUUGUUUACUUUGCCUCAGCUUUUUCAAUAUCUUCUCACUUUUGCUUUA